AUGCCUCCCCCGGGUGUUCCUCAUCAACUUGGUGAAGUUUGCAAGCUUCGCAAAGCUCUUUAUGGUGAUGAUCAUGAUGGUAUUGAAUCAUUGAAGUCUGAGUUAGCACACUCAUUUGCUAUGAAAGAUUUGGGCAGGCUACGUUAUUUUUUGGGAAUUGAGGUAGCUUAUUCUCCAAAAGGUUAUCUAUUAUCUCAAUCUAAGUAUAUUGCUGAUUUGUUUGAGCGUGCUCGACUAAUUGACAACCGAAUUGUUGAUACACCCCUUGAGACCAAAGCUAGAUACUCUCCCUUGGUUUAUCUUACUAUAACUCACCCAGAUAUUGCGCACGCAGUUCAUGUGGUUAGUCAGUUUGUCACUGCCCCUACUACAGUUCAUUGGGUUGUUGUUCUUUGUAUUCUCAGAUGGCAGAAACAACAGUUACUGAGUUUCCUGGUCGGAUUUCGUGGAAAAGUGCCCUCACCCUGA